AUGGGUCCGACGGAGGCGCAGCUGGAGCGCGCGGUGCUGGAGACGGCCGCCGUGCUGUUGGGGGCGCUGGCGGUGCUGGCGGUGCUGAAGGCGGCGUCGGAGGGGCUGCGGCGGCGGCGGGCGGGGGCCUGGGUGGUGGUGGUGGGCGCGGGCCCGGUGGGCCUCUCCGCCGCCCUGGCCGCCCUGCGCUCGGGCAAGGUGCGGGGCCUGACCCUGCUGGAGGAGCGGCCCCGCGCCGCCCUCCUGGCCCGCCCGCAGCAGGUGGCCCUCCAGCCCCGCAGCCUCCGCUUCCUCCGCCGCCUCGGCCUCGACGUGGACAACCUGGAGGGCUGCUGGGACCAGGAGCGCUUCUUCACCCGCCUCGGCGUCUUCCAGGAGCACCUGCUCAGCCUCCUCGAGCGCCGUCGCCGCCACCGCCUCCCCCUCCGCCUCUGCCUCGGCACCAAGUUUUCAGAGGAGUUUCUGAAAAAGAACCUGUCUUCCCAUUGGCCAAACAUAGUAAUCAUAGCAGAUGGAUCCUGUGGAGAAUCAAGUACAAUCCUUGGAAUCAGCCCAGAGUAUACUGUUGAGUCUUGCAACGCCUAUGGAGCUAAUGCUGCUAUCGAGCGACCAGAUCAAAGACAGGUUCCAACCCCAGAGAUCCGUGCUCAUGGCUUGUACUUUGAUUUAUCCGCAUACGGUAUGGAUAUGUCCAAUAUGGGAAAAGAAUCUUCGGUGCCUGGAUUCCAUUUGAAAAUCUAUGGCACAUUUCGCAACCGUUACCUAGCUUUGGCAUGCCCUGCUUCAGACUCCAAAGUUGUGAGGUUUUUGCGUCACACUCUUAAUUCCACAAUCAUGAAAAACAUAUUCCACCAGUCUUUCAAUGCCUACAAGAUGGAUAUUGAACCCAGAGUCAAUGAACUGACUCUUCAUCGCAUCCAGUGCAGCCACCGGCUCUUUGAAAUCAUGCUCUCCCACCGGCGGGUUACAGCAGCUCUCUUGGAGAAAGACAAUGUUGUGGUCACCAUCGAAGGAGAAGCAGCCCGUGUGUUGAAUUUCGACACUGGCUGUGGAGUUAAUCUUGGAUUGCGAGGCUUGGAGUCGACAGAAGAAUUAAUCUAUAAAGUGGCCACGGCCAUCGAUCAGCAUGAUAUCUUUGAGGCGCUGGCAGCGAAAAUCCGGCAUUCGAAAGAAGUGGCAGAAGAUUUUAAGCAGAACGGCUUGUUUGCGGCGAUGUUUGAAUGAUCCAUUAAUGAGGAAACCUCUGUGGAGGGCUACAAGGAAUCUGUACCCCAUUGAACAUAAAACAAAAUGGAAGAUAAUCUCUCCAAUUGACAGAGGAGGUGUUAAAAACCAUAACAGGACCACUGACUUUAGUCAUAAUUAACAUUUCAAUGAGCUCAAGGCCAGAUAGAAAUAAAGGCAACAAAUCCAUGUCAUCAAAACUUAAGAUGGUAAACCUGUGUCAAAGGUAAAGAUUUCCCCUUUACAUUAAGUCUAGUCAUGUCUGACUCUGGGGGGUGGUGAUCAUCUCCAUUUUUAAGCCGAAGAGCCAGCGUUGUCCGUAGACACCUCCAAGGCCAUGUGGCUGGCAUUUAUUUAUUUAUCGUGUUGGGAGCAAACCAAACAGUUGUAUUG